CCCAACUGGUCCACAGCCUCUUGCUGACUUUCGCUCCAGACUAGCGAAACGCUGAAGCUGAAUUUGUCACUGUCCAGUAUUGUUAAGAUCUUAAGGAAUAACAAACAGAGUUUGUACAGCAAGUUAAACCAUGUCUGGAAGUGGUCCAAGCAAUGGUGCUACCAUUGUUAAAGUGGGAUGGCUCCAAAAGAGAGGGGAAUACAUCAAGAAUUGGAGACCCAGAUACUUUCAGUUAUGGAGUGAUGGCAGUUUCAUAGGUUACAAGGAAGUCCCCAAAUCAAGAGAAGUAGAGCCCCUUAACAACUUUUCUGUGGCCAAAUGCCAGAUAAUGAGACAAGAAAAGCCAAAGGCAAAUUCAUUCAUUAUAAGAUGCUGGCAAUGGACAACACUUAUAGAAAGGACUUUCCAUUUAGACAACACUGAUGAAAGGGAAGAGUGGAUUACCGCCAUUCAAGAGGUCGCAAAUAAGUUGCGUGAAAAUGACAAAGACAAGUCAGAUGAGAUCACUAUAGGAAGUCAAAAAGUGACCUUUGAUGACUUUGCUAUGCUGAAAGUGUUAGGAAAAGGAACAUUCGGCAAGGUCAUGCUAGCAAGGGUGAAAAAGACCGGUGAAGUCGUAGCACUGAAGAUUUUAAAGAAAGAAGUUAUUGUUGCCAAGGAUGAAGUUGCACAUACGCUAACAGAAAACAGAGUCUUGAAGACAACAGUCCACCCAUUCCUGACGGAAUUGCGAUCCUCCUUCCAAACAAAAGACAGAUUGGUAUUUGUGAUGGAAUAUGUCAAUGGUGGUGAGCUUUUUUUCCAUUUGUCCAGAGAACGUGUGUUCUCAGAAGAGCGGUCAAGGUUUUAUGCAGCUGAAAUUGUGCUGGCUGUCAAGUACCUCCAUGACAACAAAGUCGUUUACAGAGAUCUUAAGCUUGAAAAUCUUCUCCUCGACUCUGAUGGUCAUAUCAAAAUCACUGACUUCGGUCUGUGUAAAGAAGAUAUCACAUAUGGAGCAACAACCAAGACUUUUUGUGGCACCCCUGAAUACCUUGCCCCUGAGGUUCUGGAAGACAAUGACUAUGGCCGAGCUGUGGAUUGGUGGGGUGUGGGUGUGGUCAUGUACGAAAUGAUGUGUGGCCGUCUACCUUUCUACAACAGAGAUCAUGAAGUUCUCUUUGAACUUAUUCUGACGGAAGAGGUGAAGUUUCCAUCCAGAAUCACUGAUAAAGCAAAAAGUAUCCUCGCUGGGCUUUUAGAGAAAAAUCCUUCAAAACGUCUUGGUGGUGGACCUGAUGAUGCUAAGGAGGUCAUGCAACAUCCUUUCUUUAGCACAAUUAAUUGGGAAGACAUUUACAACAAGAGGGUAAAACCUCCAUACAAGCCUGUCGUUAAAUCGGACACUGAUGUGUCAAAUUUUGAUGAAGACUUCACCAACGAGCCAGUCAAACUGACACCCCCAGAAGGAGACCUUGCAGAGAUUCCAGAGGAAGAAGAGGCUUUUAAUCAGUUUUCCUACACUCCUGACAAGGGAAAUGACCUCCAGUCAUGACAAUGCUGAGCAUGUGAUGAUGAAGUGUUCUAGAAAUGAUACUGUCCUAAGUGUUAGCUACUGUUCACACUACUUUUGCUAAUUCUCGUUUACAAUCAAGAGCUGCAAACUUAAGUCUGACAAUAAAAUGUUGAUCCCUUAAGAAAUUCUCAAAACAGCCCACUCUCUCCCUUCCCCCAAGAAAAAAAAAAUUGGCCAACUUAUGGCAUGUAAU